AACUGGUGGAGGAAACUUUCCGUACGGUACCCACAGGCGCUAUAUAAGAGCCAGUCGUUGCGCCGCGGCCAGAAAAAUCUCGCGUACUCAUAGGAAUAUCUGUUUUCGAUCCCCUCGUGAAUUGUUUUUCAUUUCCAAACUGACGUAUUGUUAUAGCCAGAAAUGUAUCGUGUAUUUUUACUCCUUUGGGUAACAACCGCGGCUACCCAGAGUUCCUACAAUGUCGAAUCCCGUGGUUCUUCUUUUUUGGGAAAAUCGAGUAAUCUGGGACCCCUAUAUACCCCCGGCCUUGGAGCCGCCAGCAGUGGUUACAGAGAUGACAGCUACGAGGAUAAUGCGGUGACGCCUACACCAGUACCGCCACCAAUUUACCGGCAAUCUCAACAACCGCUGUACCGCAAACCCACAUCCUCGUCGGAUGGAACUAUCAGGAUUAUAUCAGGUCUGCGGGGUGGACCGUCGCGGAACGGGCCGUACGACAAAAAUGGACCGCAGGAGGAACCACUUGAGGAAGAAAAAGAGGAGCCUGAUCGUUUGAGCCUCCUCUUGCCACAGAGUAAAUUCGAUUGCAUCGAGAAACAAACUGGGUACUAUGCAGAUGAGGAUCUUAAUUGCGAAGUGUUUCAUUACUGCCAUGAGAACGCAAAACACUCGUGGAUAUGUCCAGAGGGUUUCACCUUCCACCAGGUUCACUUGAUAUGCAUGCCUCCGAGUGGCGACAUAAACUGCAAAAAGAGUUCAAAAUACCACUUCGUCAACGAGUACUUGUACAAGCCUCUAAAUCAGGAGGAAGCGGAGACAAAACCAAAUGUGACGCUGAGGUACAGCGAGAGGUAUUUCCCCGGAGACAUAUUUACGGAUGAGCGCGAAUCGGAGGAAUACGAACCCUCCCCAAAUCCACAGAAGCGGCCGUUUCACCAGCAGCAACCCUAUCUGAGCCAGCACUCAUCAUCCGCCAACAGUUUACCAUCUGCAUCGCGCCCUGUUCCCCACAGUUUUCCACAAUUUCGUCCAUCCGCCAAUCAAGUAUUCCGUAGCCCCGAAGAGGUAAAUAUUCCAUUGCAACAGAGACGGCCACAGCAGCAGCAGCAACAGAUACUCCGGAGAUUUCCCACGAUACGUCCUGAAGAAGACUACGAAUAAGUUUCUGUAAUAAAGAUUUUAAAAUCCCAUAUUUUACGAGUAUUAAGAGACUGCUGAUGACAUUUGGGUGAUAUACUGAUAUGUAUGUAAUAAAUUUGAUCCUUAUUUCCAACAUUUUUGAAAAUUUCGUAUGGCACUUCCAGAUAACUGGAACAUCUUUUGAAUCCUCACUGAAUUUUAGGUGCCAUGGCAUUUUCAGUUUUAAUUUAUCAAAAACGUGGGAUUUUCCAAAAUUAUAAGACUUGACUUUUUAACCAAGACAUGAGUAUCGGUGGCCACGGAACCAGUGAGAUAAGAGUCUCAGUUAUGGAAAUGUGGAGCUGUAAACGAUGAAUGUCUGAUAAAAUUACCUCGUUCAAUCGCGCCACUACUGCUAUUCUUUUGUUUAAUAAAGACAUAAUAGUAAUAACAA